AUGUUUAGGCAAGCUGAUCUCGCCUGCGAAAUGCCUUCUCCCGGUUCAUCCACAAUAGUGGGAGGAGGUCUUGAGAAUAGUGGCAAAGGCGAUAAGACGGCGGUUGACUCGAACAUUCCUUCAGGAGUGAGAAAAUUUGUACUGUCUAUAUGGAUACGCUGGUCGAAGCUGAUUAACCGAAUACGUUACAUCUCCGAGGCAUGUAUGGACUCUGAUGAGAUUACAGACGAGUUGUUUGACGAUAGUACGGUUACGGUUACCGGAUCCCAGUAUAAUGGACAGAACAACGAUAACUGCAACUGUAAGGUAUGCAGAUGUCGAGGAAGUACCUCCAAAUGUCAAAACAAAGUCACCACUGGUGAUGCCAGCAACACUCGAAGUCUUCCUUCAACUGUUCGUGCCCAUAAGAUGAUUACAUUGGAAGAUAGACUGUCAUUUGGUGAUACCACUGGAACUACCUCCGAUAACAGGCAUGCUAUUAGCCUGACUUCUGAAUCAGAAACCACGUCAGAACCAAGAUCUAAGGAGAUUUUGAUGCUGCAUGAGAACUCUAGCCAACCAUUCAUAGGCGGGGAGAAGUUGUGGGAUGCACAGAACAGGGCUUGGCUUACUCCUUCUACAGAAAAUGCCACUAUACAGGGGCAAAUGCGUUUGCUGAAGAAACAGCAGGCUCAAGAACUUAGAAAUCAUGUGGUUUCCAGAGAUUAUCCCAUAGUAUAUCGAAAUUUAGUGGUUCAGAACCGAGCGUUGAAACAUCCAUUGAAUCUCAGAGAUCUAAUGAAGGUCCUAGAGGUUGGCUGGAACUGGAGCAGAACCUUUGAUACCGGAUCUGUAUCACAACGUCCUAAUCAUGUUAAUUGA